UUUCAGAAAAAUGUCCAAAACCUACACUCACUUUUUGUUGGGACGAGAAUGGGAUGAGCUGAUCGAAAAUAAACAGUUUGAAAUAGUCGAUCAAAUUUCUGGAGAAAGUCUGAAAAAGCUUAACGAGAAAAAGUGUCUGUUUUUUCAAACAAGCCUCCAAGGCUCAAAGAUUCCAUAUGAUAGACACAGAUGGUCACAGACUCAGAAAGGCGACGCACAACGUCAUCAACCUGCAUACAAAAAGAUGGUUGUCCAAGGAUGCCCUCUUCACUCGAUUAGAUGUACAUCUGUUGGAAAUGAAAACUUCAGGAAAGAUAUAAUCCACGUGGCAAAUAAUAGCUAUUUCCAUUAUUUUCUGGUUGGGAAAGGAGUAUAUCAAGAGCCGGAGGAAGGUUCAGUGAAAAAACCAAGGAUUACAGAUAACGUCGCCGAACGGAUCCGUGAUCUUCUGAAACAAGGAUCAUCAAAGGAUGUGUACGAGAUGGCAAAAAGUGAAGGGCUUCGGGUAUCCAGAAGACAGAUAAGCUCCUAAAUGUUUUAUUCUUACCAGUAAUUUCUGUUUUCCAGUGUUCUAAUCAAGUUCGUAAUGUUCGCGCUCCGGCCGUUGAACCGAGACCUCGAUUGCAGCGAAAAAAGAAGGAAAUCAGUCUGGAUCAACUUGAACUUCUCAAAAGUGUUUUUCCAGAUGACGUCACAAUUUAUACAGACUCCAACAACAUCGUUCACUACCAGAUAAAGUUGUUCACAACUGGAAAAAUCGAUAAAAAUCAAAUAGAGGAAUAUUUGGAUGGUGAUGAAGUUGAACAAUAUCAAGAGGAAGAAGCAUAUUGCCAAUAUGAAAUGAAUGAACAAUUUGAAGUGAAACAGGAAGAAGCAGAAUCUUCUCAAGGAGACAAUUAUCAGUUUUCUUGCGGAAUUGGGCAUCACGAAGAGAAAUGUUCGGAUGGGUUGAACUACUUUUCACAAUUUGAUGAUACUAUUUAAAUUUCAAUUAUGAUUAUUAAAUGUUUUUUAAUGGUUUCCAUUUUGAUGAAAGGCUACUCCACCUUUAAAACUAUGUCUUGUUUUUCAGACAUUUUUAAGCAUAAAUAUAUUACAGAAA